AACUGGAACAUCAGCUCCUCCGCUGGUCUGCGGCCGGAAGACCCUCAAACCGGAACAUCAGCUCCUCUACAGGUCUGCGGCUGCACGACCCUCAAAUUGGAACAUCAGCGCCUCCCUGGGUCUGCGCUGCAUGACCCUCAAACUGGAACAUCAGCUCCUCCCCUGGUCUGCAGCGGAACGACCCUCAAAUCGGAACAUUAGCUCUUCCCCGGGUCUGCAGCUGCACGACCCUCAAACUGGAACAUCAGCUCCUCCGCUGGUCGGCGGAUGCAAGACCCUCAAACCGGAACAUCAGCUCCUCCCCAGGUCUCCGGCUGCACGACCCUCAAAUUGGAAAAUCAGCGCCUCCCUGGGUCUGCGGCUGCACGACCCUCAAACUGGAACAUCAGCUCCUCCCCUGGUCUGCGACUGCACGACCAUCAAACUGGAACAUCAGCUCUUCCCCGGAUCUGCGGGUACACGACCCUCAAACUGGAACAUCAGCUCCUCCCCUGGAAUGCGGCUGCACGACCCUCAAACUGGCAUAUCUGCUCUUCCCCGGGUCUGCAGCUGCACUACCCUCAAACUGGAACAUCGGCUUCUCCCCGGGUUUUCGGCUGCAUGAACCUCAAACUGAAACACCGGCGCCUCUCAGGGUCUGCGGCUGCAAGAUCCUCAAACUACAACAUCGGUUCCUCUCCAGGUCUGCGGCUGCACGACCCUCAAUGUAGAACAUUGGCACCUCCCCGGGUCUGCGGCUGCAUAACCCUCAAACAGCAACAUCCACGCCUCCACGGGUCUGAGGCUGCAAGACCCUGAAACCGGAACAUCAGCUCCUCCCUGGUCCGCGGCUGCAAGACCCUGAAACCGGAACAUCAGCUCCUCCCCAGGUCCGCGGCUGCAAGACCCUCAAACCGGAAUAUCGGCUCCUCCCCGGGUCCGUGGCUGCAAGACCCCCAAACCAGAACAUCAGCUCCUCCCCGGGACUUCGGAUGCAAGACCCUCAAACAGGAACAUCAGCUCCUCCGCGGGUCUGCGGCUGCAAGACCCUCAAACCAGAACAUCAGCUCCUCCCCAGGUCUGCGGCUGCAACACCCUGAAACCGGAACAUCAGCUCCUCCAAGGGUCUGUGGCUGCAAGACCCUCAAACCGGAACAUCGGCUCCUCCCCAAGUCCAUGGCUGCAGGACCGUCCAACUGGAACAUCAGCUCCUUCACAUGUCUGUAAGACCCUCAAACCCGAAUAUCAGCUCCUCCCUGGUCUGCAGCUGCGAGACCCUCAAAGCAGAACAUCAGCUCCUCCCCAGGUCCGCGGCUGCAAGACCUUCAAACCGGAACAUCAGCUCCUCCCCAGGUCCGCGGCUGCAAGACCCUCAAACCGGAACAUCAGCUCCUCCCCGGGUCCGCGGCUGCACGACCCUCAAAGCAGAUCAGCUCCUCGCCGGGCCUGCGGCUGCACGACCGUCAAACUGGAACUUUAGCUCCUCCGCUGGUCUGCGGAUGCAAGACCCUCAAACCGGAACAUCAGCUCCUCCCCAGGUCUGCGGCUGCACGACCCUCAAAUUGGAACAUCAGCUCCUCCCCAGGUCUGCGGCUGCACGACCCUCAAACUGGAACAUCAGCUCUUCCCUGGAUCUGCGGGUACACGACCCUCAAACUGGAACAUCAGCUCCUCCCCUGGAAUGCGGCUGCACGACCCUCAAACUGGAAUAUCUGCUCUUCCCCGGGUCUGCGGCUGCACUACCCUCAAACUGGAACAUUGGCUCCACCCCGAAUUUUCGGCUGCACGAACCUCAAACUGAAACACCGGCGCCUCUCAGGGUCUGCGGCUGCAAGAUCCUCAAACUACAACAUCGGCUCCCCUCCAGGUCUGCGGCUGCAUGACCCUCAAUGUAGAACAUUGGCACUUCUCUGGGUCUGCAGCUGCAAAACCCUCCAACAGGAACAUCCACGCCUCCACAGGUCUGCGGCUGCAAGACCCUGAAACCGGAACAUCAGCUCCUCCCUGGUCCGCAGCUGGAAGACCCUCAAACCGGAACAUCAGCUCCUCCCCGGGUUUGCGGCUGCAAGACCGACAAACCGGAACAUCAGCUCCUCCCCGGGUUUGCGGCUGCAAGACCGACAAACCGGAACAUCAGCUCCUCCCCGGAUCCGCAGCUGCAAGACCCUCAAACUGGAACAUCAGCUCCUGCCCGGGUCCGUGGCUGCAAGACCCUCAAACCGGAACAUCAGCACCUACUCGGGGCUGCAGCUGCAAGACCCUCAAACCGGAACAUCAGCACCCCCUCGGGGCCGCGGCUGCAAGACCCUCAAACCGGAACAUCAGCUCCUCCCCGGGUCUGCGGCUGCACGACCCUCAAAGCAGAUCAGCUCCUCGCCGGGCCUGCAGCUGCACGACCCUCAAACUGGAACAUCAGCUCCUCCGCUGGUCUGCGGAUGCAAGACCCUCAAACCGGAACAUCAGCUCCUCCCCGGGUCUGCGGCUGCACGACCCUCAAAUUCGAACAUCAGAGCCUCCCUGGGUCUGCGGCUGCACGACCCUCAAACUGGAACAUCAGCUCCUCCCCUGGUCUGCGGCUGCACGACCCUCAAACUGGAACAUCAGCUCUUCCCUGGAUCUGUGGGUACACGACCCUCAAACUGGAACAUCAGCUCCUCCCCUGGAAUGCGGCUGCACGACCCUCAAACUGGGAUAUCUGCUCUUCCCCGGGUCUGCGGCUGCACUACCCUCAAACUGGAACAUUGGCUCCUCCCCGGGUUUUCGGCUGCACGAACCUCAAACUGAAACACCGGCACCUCUCAGGGUCUGCGGCUGCAAGAUCCUCAAACUACAACAUCGGCUCCCCUCCAGGUCUGCGGCUGCAUGACUCUCAAUGUAGAACAUUGGCACCUCCCCGGGUCUGCGGCUGCAAAACCCUCAAACAGGAACAUCCGCGCCUCCAAGGGUCUGCGGCUGCAAGACCCUGAAACCGGAACAUCAGCUCAUCCCUGGUCCGCGGCUGCAAGAUCCUCAAACCGGACCAUCAGCUCCUCCCGGGGUUUGCAGCUGCAAGACCGUCAAACCGGAACAUCAGCUCCUCCCCGGGUCCGCAGCUGCAAGACCCUCAAACCGGAACAUCAGCUCCUCCCCAGGUCUGCGGCUGCAAGACCCUCAAACUGGAACAUCAGCUCCUCCCCAGGUCCGCGGCUGCAAGACCCUAAAACCGGAACAUCAGCCCCUCCUCGGGUCCGCGGCUGCAAGACCCUCAAACCGGAACAUAAGCUCCUCCCCAGGUCCGCGGCUGCACCAUCCUCAAACCGGAACAUGAGCUCCUCCCUGGAUCCGCGGCUGCAAGACCCAGAAACCGGAACAUCAGCUCCUCCUGGGGUCCAUGGCUGCACCACCCUCAAACCGGAACAUCAGCUCUUACCCGGGUCUGCGGCUGCAAGACCCCCAAAGCGGAACAUCACCUGCUCCCCAGGUCUGCGGCUGCAAGACCCCCAAACCGGAACAUCAGCUCCUCCCCGGGUCUGCGGCUGCAAUACUCCCAAACGGGAACAUCAGCUCCUUCCCAGGUCUGCAGCUUCAAGACCCCCAAACGGGAACAUUAGCUCCUCCCCGGAUCUGCGGCUGCACGACCCUCAAACCGGAACAUCAGUGCCUCCCAGGGUCUGCCACUGCACGACCCUCAAACCGGAACAUCAGCUCCUCCCUGGGUCUGCGGCUGCACGACCCUCAAACUGGAACAUCAGCUCUUCCCCGUGUCUGCGGUUGCACGACCCUCAAACUGGAUCAUCAGCUCCUCUCCGGGAAUGUGGAUGCACGACCCUCAAACUGGAACAUCAGCUCUUCCCCGGGUCUGCGGCUGCAAGACCCUAAAACUGGAACAUCAGCUCCUCCCCGGGUGUGCGCCUGGAAGACCCUGAAACUGGAACAUCGGCUCCUCGCCGGGUCCGUGGCUGCAAGACCCCCAAACCAGAACAUCAGCUCCUCCCCCGGACUGCAGAUGCAAGACCCCCAAACCAGAACAUCAGCUCCUCCCCGGGUCUGCGUCUGCAAGACCCUCAAACCAGAACAUCAGCUCCUCCCCAGGUCUGCGGCUGCAAUACCCUGAAACCGGAACAUCAGCUCCUCCAAGGGUCUGUGGCUGCAAGACCCUCAAACCGGAACAUCAGCUCCUCCGCGGGUCCGCGGCUUCAAGACCCUCAAACCAGAACAUCAGCUCCUCCCCAGGUCCGUAGCUGCAAUACCCUGAAACCGGAACAUCAGCUCCUCCAAGGGUCUGUGGCGGCAAGACCUUCAAACCGGAACAUCAGCUCCUCCCCAGGUCCGCAGCUGCAAGACCCUGAAACCGGAACAUCAGCUCCUCCCCAGGUCCAUGGCUGCAGGACCGUGCAACUGGAACAUCAGCUCCUUCACGGGUCUGUAAGACCUUCAAACCCGAAUAUCAGCUCCUCCCUGGUCUGCAGCUGUGAGACCCUCAAAGCAGAACAUCAGCUCCUCCCCAGGUCUGUGGCUGCAAUACUCCAAAACGGGAACAUAAGCUCCUCCCCAGGUCUGCGGCUGCAAGACCCCCAAUCCAGAACAUCAGCUCCUCCCUGGGUCUGCGGCUGCGAGACCCUCAAACCGGAACUUCAGCUCUUCCCUGGCUCCGCAGAUGCAAGACCCUCAAACCGGAAUAUCAGCUCCUCCACCGGUGCGCGGCUGCACCAUCCUCAAACCGGAACAUGAGCUCCUCCCUGGAUCCGCGGCUGCAAGACCCAGAAACCGGAACAUCAGCUCCUCCUCGGGUCCAUGGCUGCACCACCCUCAAACCGGAACAUCAGCUCUUACCCGGGUCUGCGGCUGCAAGACCCCCAAACCGGAACAUCAGCUCCUCCCCGGGUCUGCGGCUGCAAGACCCCCAAAGCGGAACAUCACCUGCUCCCCAGGUCUGUGGCUGCAAGACCCCCAAACCGGAACAUCAGCUCCUCCCCGGGUCUGCGGCUGCAAUACUCCCAAACGGGAACAUCAGCUCCUUCCCAGGUCUGCGGCUUCAAGACCCACAAACGGGAACAUUAGCUCCUCCCCGGGUCUGCGACUGCACGACCCUCAAACCGGAACAUCAGUGCCUCCCCGGGUCUGCCACUGCACGACCCUCAAACCGGAACAUCGGCUCCUCCCUGAGUCUGCGGCUGCAUGACCCUCAAACUGGAACAUCAGCUCUUCCCCGUGUCUGCGGUUGCACGACCCUCAAACUGGAUCAUCAGCUCCUCUCCGGGAAUGUGGCUGCACGACCCUCAAACUGGAACAUCAGCUCCUCCCUAGGUCUGUGGCUGCAUGAACCUCAAACUGGAACAUCGGCUCCUCCCCGGGUUUUGGGCUGCACGAACCUCAAACUGGAACACCAGCUCCUCUUAGGGUCUGUGGCUGCAAGAUCCUCAAACUACAACAUCGGCUCCUCUCCGGGUCUGCGUCUGCAUGACCCUCAGUCUAGAACAUCGGCUCCUCCCCGGGUCUGCGGCUGCAAAACCCUCAAACAGGAACAUCCGCGCCUCCACAGGUCUGCGGCUGCAAGACCCUCAAACAGGAACAUCCGCGCCUCCACAGGUCUGCGCCUGCAAGACCCUUAAACCGGAACAUCAGCUCCUCCCCGGGUCUGUGGCUGCAAGACCCUUAAACUGGAAUAUCAGCUCCUCCCUGGGUUGCAGCUGCAAGACCCUCAAACUGGAACAUCAGCUCCUACACGGCUCCGCGGCUGCAAUACUCUGAAACCAGAACAUCAGCUUCUCCCCGGGUCCGCGGUUGCGGGACCCUCAAACCGGAACAACAGCUCCUCCCCCGUUCUGCGGCUGCAAAGACCCUCAAACCGGAACAUCAGCUCCUCCCCGGGUCUGCGGCUGCAAGAUCCUCAAACCGGAACAUCGGCUCCUCUCCACAUCUGCAGCUGCAAGAUCCUCAAACUGGAACAUCAGCUCCUCACCGGGUCUCCAGCUACACGGCCCUCAAUCUACAACAUCAAUGCCUCUCCGGGUCUGCAGCUGCAGGGACCUCACGGUAGAACAGCAGCUACUCCCCGAGCUAGAACACCUCUCCCACCUGGAUCUCCAGCUCCACGACCCUCACACAACAGCCACACCGGCUCCUUCAUUUGUCUUCAGCUCCUCAACCUAAGACAUCAGCGGCAGCACCGGCUCCUCCCUGGACGUCCAGCUCAAUGACUCUCAGAUUUAAAAGGCAGCACCUGUUGCUCCCCAAGGCUCCAUCUCCACCACCCUCAGAUUUGAACAGCGGUAGCACCAGCUCCUCUCCAGGUCUUCAGCCCCACGACCCUCCCUGAACAAUCCCUUCUCAUGAAAUUCAGCCGUCAAGAAAACUGCAGCCAAAGUAAAUGAAUACAUGUUUUGUUUUCAAAUCGUUAUCUCUUUUAUGUUCGUGAGUUAACUUUUCUACUUUCCAUUAGCCUUGCAAUCUACUUAUGUCCAAUGUGAAACAGAAACGCACCAUUUGAAAUCACGUUUAAAAACUUCGUAGUAUUUUUAAAUAAAAUCAUCACACAGCUGUA